GUGUGUGUGAGAGAGAAUUUCUACCCCGAGUGACCAAAUACUUGCAGCGCGCAACCGCUGGAGCACAUCUGUGCAAACUUCGAGGGUUUCUCCUUGUCUCUGCUGCGAGAACAUGCCAAGGAAGACAAACGUUUCUCCGUAUCGACUGAGAGUUUUGCACUUGUGAAACUUUUUGCUGCAACCGCUGUGGGAAGACUAAGAGACUGUGAAACUUUUCGGAUCGUCCCGCUUAACUAAAAGCUGAAACUUCCCAUCAUUCCUGGAAUUCUCCAUAUCCUCUUCAUCUGUCAGUCAUGGGCAGUAAGACACUCCCAGCACCCGUGCCCCUUCAUCCCUCUCUGCAGUUGGCAAACUAUUCCUUCCUUCAGACCUCCAACGGGCUACAUCUGCCUGCUGACCACAUGCCCAGCAUCUACAGUUUCAGUGCCCUCCAUGCUGUCCACUUGCACCAGUGGACUCUGGGCUACCCACCCUUCACUUUGCCACGCUGCACCUUCUCCAAGUUGCCUGGCCUGGUGGAUGCCCGCUUUCCUCUGCCCUCAAUCCCUCUGUUCCCCCACCUUGUCCAGCCUGGCAAGCAGGAGUACCUUGGAAGACGCUCUGAAGUGUCUUCCAAGAACAAACCCCGUUUUGACUUUGCCAACCUGGCAGCGGCUGCCACGCAGGAUGACGCCCUGAAGGCGGAAGAUCUGAGCACUAAUGGCGGGCAUGUGCGUUCACCCUCGUUAGGCUGCCUGCUGGAUGUGGCCAAGCUCUCCUCGCCGGAAAGAAAGCCCAGCCGAGGACGACUCCCAUCCAAGACAAAAAAAGAGUUUGUGUGCAAGUUCUGCGGCCGCCAUUUCACCAAGUCCUACAAUCUGUUGAUCCACGAGCGCACACACACAGAUGAGCGGCCCUACACUUGUGACAUUUGUCAUAAGGCCUUCAGGAGGCAGGACCAUUUGAGAGACCACAGGUACAUCCAUUCCAAAGAGAAACCAUUUAAAUGCCAAGAGUGUGGGAAGGGUUUCUGUCAGUCCAGAACUCUUGCUGUCCACAAAACAUUACACAUGCAGGUCAAGGAGCUUAAGCCAGCAAAGAUAAAGUGAAGGCAUCUGCCUCAAUCAACAGGGACACUGUAAAAUCAACCCUAGAGAGACACCAGCCAAUUACAUUGUCAUUCCAAGGCCACAGAGAGUACAUUUGAGGUUCUGUGGACCUGUGCACAUGGCUUAACACACCAAAGAUGGAUUAGUCCUGACCAAAGAGCUUACUGAAGUGGCACCAUUCCAUAACCUACAUCCAUGAUGCCUUAAUGUUUGACUGAUACAACAGAAUGGAGAUCCUGGAUAGGAAGUCAUGGAACUCAGCAGAAGCUAUUACAUGGAUAUAAUUAUGUCAAAUGUAUUUGUUUAGAAAAGAACAAAAAAGCAAGAUAAAUCCAGAGCACCAACACCAAUGAGGACAGCUAUUGUGAAAUAUGGGAUUUUAGUCUGCACUGCUCCAUUCUGAAUGAUUGGUUGUUUUAUUUUUGUACACAUUGAUUUUUUUUGUGUGAUUUUUUAAAAAUAUUUUUGACAUUGUUGUUGAUGAAGGCAGUCUCUUUGAAACCUAUGCAGUUAACGAGAGCCCACAAGAGUUCUCACAUUUAAAACCCAAAGUUGGAGCUGUCAGCUCUUCUAUCCAAAGACUCACUCAAAUCAUGUAAUUCCUCCUUUUGUACAGAUUCCCUAUUGUAUAACUGAUAUUUGGCACUUUAAUCUGAUUAUUGAUUAUUUACAUAUAUCACUGGAUUCUUAAACUUAUUUUUGAAAAUAAAUAGUCAUUUCCUUAUUAAAGGCGUGUUUGUGGAUGUCAGUGUAAGUCGUACCCCUAACUCACAUGCAACAUUUCCUCUCAACACAAUUUUUUUUAAAAGAGAGAGAGAGAGAGAGAGAGAGAGAGAGAGAGAAAGCAAAACAAACGGUUGUUUAAUUCCAUUGGUAACACUUUGCAAUGAGGUUAUAUUCAUUAAUAUUAGCUAAUUAAGUGUCAUGAAUUAAUGAUAAUAAAUAAAUGAUUUUUUUUACAGAAUUUAUUAUUCUUGGUUAAUGUAUAUACACUACCGGUCAAAAGUUUUGAAACACUUGACUGAAAUGUUUCACAUGAUCUUAAACAUCUUUUGAUCUGAAGGCGUAUGCUUAAAUGUUUGAAAUGAGUUUUGUAGACAAAAAUAUAAUUGUGCCACCAUAUUAAUUUAUUUCAUUAUAAAACUAAAAUGUAAUUUAAAAAAAAACGUUUUUGAAAUUGAUGACUUGGACCAAACAAUAAAGAAAAGCAGCCAAUAAGUCCCCAACAUAGAUGGAAACUCCUUCAAUACUGUUUAAAAAGCAUCCCAGAGUGAUACCUCAAAAAGUUGGUUGAGAAAAUGUCAAGAGUACAUGUCUGCAAAUUCUAGGCAAAGGGUGACUACUUUGAAGAUGCUAAAAUAUAACACAGUUUUGAUUUAUUUUGGAUUUUGUUUAGUCUCAACAUAAUUCCCAUAGUUCCAUUUAUGUUAUUCCGUAGAUUUGAUGACUUUACUAUUAUUCUAAAAUAUGAAAAAAAUUAUAAUAAAGAAUGAGUAAGUGUUUCAAAACUUUUGACAGGUAGUGUGUGUGU